AUGGCUCUUUUGUCAAGUGAAUGUCCUGAUUUGAAGCUCGUUGCUCGUGGCAAGGUGCGUGAUCUUUACGAGGUCGAUGACAAGUCGCUCCUUUUCGUGGCCACCGAUCGUCUUUCAGCUUUCGAUGUCAUUAUGAAGAACCCUAUUCCUGGCAAGGGCAAAGUGUUGACUCAAGUAUCCUUGUUUUGGUUUGAUUUGCUUGGCGACGUCUUGCCGAAUCACCUGAUCACAGCCGACUUUGACAAGAUGCCUGCCAACGUUCAAAAAUACCGUGAUCAACUUGAAGGCCGUUCCAUCCUUGUGAAAAAGAUGCGUGUGCUCCCUGUUGAAGCCAUCGUUCGUGGCUAUAUUACUGGUUCUGGUUGGGCCGAAUACAAGCGCAAGGGCACCAUUUGCGACAUUCAGCUUCCUGAAGGUCUCGUUGAAAGCCAAAAGUUGCCUUCUGUUUUAUUUACCCCAAGCACCAAGGCUGAGAUUGGUGAUCAUGAUGAAAACAUUCAUCCUUCAAAGAUGGCUGAGAUCUUGGGCGAUGCGGAAUUGGCUGCCAAGGUUACCAACGCUGCUAUCAACUUGUACACCAAGGCCAGUGAAUAUGCCGCCGAAAAGGGAAUCAUUAUCGCCGAUACCAAGUUCGAAUUUGGAUUGGAUGAGAACAACAACCUCGUGUUGGUAGAUGAGGUCUUGACCCCUGAUUCCUCUCGCUUCUGGCCUGCCAACAAGUAUGAAGCUGGCCGUGGUCAAGAGAGCUUUGACAAGCAAAUUGUGCGCAACUACCUUGAAUCCAUCAACUUUGACAAAAAGACCAGCAUCGAGUUGCCAUCCGAGGUGACCGAGAAGACCUUGGAAAAGUACAAGGAGGUGUAUACUCUAUUGACAGGCAAUCAAAUUACCUUGUAA